CCCCCAGGCCAGGGCAGCCCCAUCCUUGCCUUGGCCUUGGGUCCGGCAGGGCACUCAGAAGUGGCUCCCAGGCCCCUCUCCACCCUACCUGCCCCACCCCGGGGCUGCCUGCCCAGGGCUCCUCCACUCGGGCACCGAGCUCAAGUGAAGCUCCAGCCGAAGCCCUGCCCCCACCCGCUCUGCUUCAGGGCCCCACUGUGAGGUCAGCGCCUUCCGAUGGGUUCCGUGCGGAGGUGUGUGGUGGGGCUGGGGGCUGGACAUGGCCCCCUGUCCCCAGCCUGACUCCUGCCUGGUCGGCAGCCCCCUUGGCCUCCUAUGUUUGUCCCUUUUGCUCAUCCCUGCUGCAGCUGGGACGUACUGCGAGUGCAGCCUCGGCCUCAGCCGCGAGGCCCUCAUUGCCCUGCUCGUGGUGCUGGCGGGCAUAGGCGCCAGUUGCCUCUGCGGCCUGGUCAUCGUGGCAGUCGGUGUCAUGAGAGCCAAGAGUGAGCCAUGCCCCAGACACACGAGCAGCAGGUUGGUGGGGCACUACGGAGUCCAGGAAGAUCGCAUGGACCUGCACUCCGUGCAAGUGGAGUCCCAUGUCAUGGACCCCGACCUGGAGGUCUCCAUGCUGCCGCCCCUGGACGAACAAGGCCUCCUGGCCAUUCCCGUGGACCCUAUGGCCCCAAACAUGACUGUGGAGGGGGAGCUCCCUCUCAGCCCCCCAACCUGA